GUGGCAGGGAGAGGGACAGGGAGAGGGAUAGGGAGAGGUUGCCGAAUCCGAGGGUGCCGUCGGGGCAUCGGCGGAGGAGGCGGAGUGAGAGUUGGGAGAGGGUUAAGAGCAAGACGGCUAAUCAUGCGGCGGGCGGGAGAACGGUUUCCAAAUUCCGCAACCCCAAACCCCAGUACAACCAAGUCCACGCCCUAAUCAUCACCUGGUCAUUCCACGACCUCCGAGCCGAGGACUACACAGCGCCGCCGGCAGAGGACUACGUCUCGCUGGAGGAAGAAACGGCCCGGCUGCGGGCAACGCUGGAGAGCUACGGGUACACGGUGCACGAGUUCCUGAUCCCAAUGCACCGGUCCGUGGAGAGCCUCAAGGCGAAGCUGAAGCAGUUCUGCCGGUACGCGGCCGACGACACGCUGCUAAUGGUGUACUACCACGGCCACGGGGCGAUGGACGACGACAACGAGCUGGUGUUUAGCAGCCACGACCACCCAGAGAACGCCGAGUGGUCCAAGGCCGCCGCGGCCGAGCUUUACGCAGCUCUUCUCAGCGGCGACGCCUGCACCACGCACGGCCGGCGAGACAAAUACCAGGAACUGCUCAAGAAAUACGAGCGCUACCGCCCCGUCUCCACCCUAAAAUGGGACGCCAUCCGCACGCCCAUCCUCUCGGCCCCCUGCGACGUCCUUUUGGUGUUAGACUGCUGCGCCGCGGGCGGCGCCGGCCUGCGCCACCUCUCCUGGCAACCCCCGGCCGGCGCCGAGGCGUACACCAAGCACCUGUUUGCGGCGUGCGGGUUCGAGUCCAGCACCAGCGACGACAUGACGGCGGCGCUGUGCGAGGUUUUGGAUGAAUGGGUGCCCCCCAUCCCGGCGGGGGCGGUGGUGCCGGGGUUGGUGACGGCUAAGAGUGAGGUGGGGGUGAUGGCGACGGCGGGGAGGGCCGGGUCCGGGUCGAGGUCGAGGUCGAGGGCGGCGUCGGCGGAUGCGGCAGCGGCUGCUGCUGUUAGGGAUGUGGGUGUUGGAGGGGAGGCGGGGAAGGGGGUGGUUGGUGGCGGGGCGGGCGGGCCGGUGGGAGGGGGGCAGUUCUUGACGACGAAGCGGCUGCAUCAGUUGAUGGAGGAUAAGUUGCAGAAGCGGUCGGUUGGAUCGCAGCCUAUUUUUAAGCAGCUGCUGCCGCAGGACCCGGAGCAGUACAUCACGCUGCCGAACUUGAGAAACAGGGAUGCUGGUGGGGAGCUGAAGAUGGGGGAGAGGCGCGGGAGGAGGGGGUAUAUCAUCGCUUGAUGUCAACCAGGCCGUGAGCUUGAGCGAGGUCGCGGGUACGGCGGUCUACUAGUGGAAACGUCGGGGUCCACGAAGCGGGCACGCAGGGUAUUUCUUUGGGUUAGGGAGGUUGGUAUACGGCGUUUCUCUUUCACGGGCCAUCAUGGAAGCACGUACAGCACGCGCAAAUCAAGGACGGGGCCGAUGCAAUGCAAUAUAACUUCAUGCCAGACCGCAUCAGC